GUUCACCAUUGUGUGGCUGGAGAUAUGCCAUUGCCAUUUGAAUGCCACACUCCCUGACACCCAGCGUUGACACUUUUUGGUGACUCUGUUGCUUUCAUUCCGCGCACAGUUGAGCUUGCCUUUGUAGUACCUAAAUUGGAUUGUGGACCGACCAAAAACUAAAUAAAACACACAAAAUUAAAAAAUGAAUUGCCCUGGCAGUGACAGAGGCAGGCCUCUGUGUUGCUGCUGCUGAUGAUGGUGCUGGUUUCCCCUGGAACUGAUAGUGGGAAUAUGUUCAUACAUGGAAUGAGGAGGGGGGAGGAGGGAGAUAUUUAAGCGCGCGCCUAUCAAACACUGACGCCUCCGCCACACAAUAAAUCUUUGUCAAGGGCCCAAAUUGACAUUUUACAACCAAAAAAGCCAAAGCCAAAGCCGAAGCGGAGCACAAAGUACUUACUUUGCAGUUGUUGUUCGUGUCGCCGCUGCCACGCUGAUAUUGUUGUCAGCAAUGAUGGCCCAAAGCAUCAGCCACAUGCGUUGCGGCGACUGGGCCACACACGGGGAGUAUCCGGGAAACAAGUGGGCCGAUAUCUAGCCCGAUGUUACCCCCAACAUUCAAACAAUUUAAUAUCUCAUGUGGGAUGGCGGAGGCGUGCCCGCUGUCGCUGACGAUCCCCACUCAUCACAUUAUCCUUUGUCCUGGUCGCGGCUGCCCAUGGCCCUAUAUUGAAGUCAUCUGUAUGGCCCGUGUCCUUAAUGCUAGAAUGCAUUAAGCCUUCAUAAAGCUGUUAACAACAAGGGGAAACUGCUGGAAAUAAAGAGUCUAUUCCUGAUGCAAAACAGAGAGAAAAACAGAGAGACUAAUGUACACAUCUGCCUAAUUAAUAUAGCCCUGAGAAUUCUGUCUGUCCUACCAUAAAUCUUUAGUUCAAUUUUUCCCAAUUUAAAUUUUCAAUUCCCCAAAAAAACGUGUAAUAAUGCAGGUCCAUUCUAUAUCUAUUCUGAUGGUCUUAGCAUUUUCUGGGUUGCAGUUUGUCCAGGUUCAUGCUGGUUUUGCUGAGGAUUCACUCAAAAUGCAUAACGAGUAUAGGGCAAAGCACGGUUGCCCAGCGCUUACAUUGGACCAGGAACUAAGCGCCGGUUGCGAGUCCUAUGCCAAGAUAUUGGCCGAAAAGGGUUCAUUGGAGCACUCGAAAGAAAAGGGGUUUGGUGAGAACUUAUGCUACACCAGCGAUGACGCGACUAGCUGUGUAAAGAUGUGGUACGAUGAAAUAUCCCUAUACGAUUACAAUAAGCCAGGUUUCUCCAUGGAAACCGGGCACUUCACGGCCCUUGUUUGGAAGGCCUCCACCAAACUGGGCAUUGGUAAGGAAACCAAAUCUGGUGUCAAUUACGUUGUGGCACGCUACCAGCCCUCUCCCAAUGUACUGGGAGAAUUCGAACAAAAUGUUCCCAGAAGCAACAAUGGUGUUUUCCAUUCAGUGUCAUUUGGCUUUGUGGUUGUUGCUGCAGUUUGGCAUCUCAUUGAAUUGAUUGCUUGAAGCAAAGCUGCGAUUGUGAUUGGUGGUGCAUUUUUAUUUUCCAAAUUCAUGUACAAAAUUCCUGUAGCAUAAACGAUGAAGUGACUUUUCAUGGGAAGCAAA